UGCAUUGCCUAGAGGUCCUUAGUAUUGUUAGGGUUUGCUUUUCCUCUUCUUCAUUUCUUCGCUGACGCCUGCUUUGCUAAGGUAGAAUUUUGAACGAACUCAUCAAAACUGUUUAAAUUCUGUAUCCAAGCUACCCCUUUCAGAUCAACAUAAUUACCUGUGCUAAACCCUGCUCGUGGAGACUGCGAACGAAGACUAAUCGCAGAGGAAGACGCUGAGGCGGCGGUCGAGAGGCUGAGGUGAAGCAGGACGAGGGCGUUCGCAGCUACUCCACGACACGGACGCCGCGGGAGAGAGUUCUCGCGAGCGUUAAAUCCGCCGAACCGAGGAUUUACUAAAUCCCGGAUUUACGCCUUAAAUCCGGGAUUUACCGAGGAUCGCGAUUUACGGAGCGCUCGAAAACCGUUUGGCAGGAUUUAACGUAAAUCCGAGCGUAAUUCCCAUACCAAACAUCCCCUUCGUUCCCGUUGAUCUCGAUAGAAAUGGGUGAAAUUCCGGGGAAGAAGAACGCGAAGCUGCCGAUACCUGGGAAGCGGAACAUUCUUAUCACCAGCGCUCUUCCCUAUGUCAACAACGUCCCCCACCUCGGCAACAUAAUUGGAUGUGUUUUGAGCGCCGAUGUAUUCGCUCGCUACUGCCGGCUGCGAGGUUACAACACCAUAUACAUCUGCGGUACUGAUGAGUACGGGACUUCUACUGAAACUAAAGCGAUGGAGGAGAACUGCACGCCUAAGGAGAUUUGCGAUAAGUACCAUGCAAUUCACAAUGAGGUUUAUAAAUGGUUUGACAUAAGUUUUGAUGAAUUUGGACGCACAUCUAGUCCGCAACAGACUGAAAUUUGCCAAGCAAUAUUUCAAAAGCUUUUGGAAAAUAAAUGGUUGUCUGAGAACACCAUGCAGCAGCUUUACUGUGAUACAUGCAAACGCUUCCUAGCUGAUCGGCUUGUGGAGGGCACAUGCCCUAGAUCAAAUUGUAACUAUGAGUCUGCACGAGGUGACCAAUGUGAAAAAUGUGGGAACUUGUUAAAUCCAACAGAAUUACAAGAUCCCAAAUGCAAGGUGUGUAGGAACACUCCACGAAUCCGUGAUACUGACCACUUGUUUCUUGAGCUCCCUUUACUUAAAGAUAAACUAGAAGAGUAUGUUAACCUCACGUCUGUGGUUGGUGGGUGGAGCCAAAAUGCCGUUCAGGCUACCCAUGCUUGGCUGAAAGAAGGGUUAAAGCCCCGUUGUAUUACAAGAGAUCUUAAGUGGGGUGUUCCUGUGCCACAUGAAAAAUAUAGAGAUAAGGUGUUUUACGUGUGGUUUGAUGCUCCAAUUGGAUAUGUAUCUAUCACUUCAUGCUAUACACCAGAUUGGGAGAAAUGGUGGAAGAAUCCGGAUAAUGUGGAUCUCUUUCAGUUUAUGGGCAAGGAUAAUGUGCCAUUUCAUACGGUCAUGUUCCCUUCUACUCUUCUUGGAACAGGUGAAAACUGGACAUUACUGAAGACAAUAAGUGUAACAGAAUAUUUGAAUUAUGAAUCAGGUAAGUUCUCCAAGAGCAAGGGUAUUGGUAUUUUUGGUAAUGAUGCAAAGGACACAAAUAUUCCCACGGAGGUUUGGAGAUAUUAUUUGCUAACUAAUAGGCCAGAGGUCUCCGACACUUUGUUCACAUGGACAGAUUUGCAGGCUAAGCUAAACACUGAGUUACUAAAUAACUUAGGCAACUUUAUUAACCGUGUUUUGAGCUUCGUCGCCAAACCAUCAGGAUCCGGGUACAAUUCCAUCAUACCUGAUGCUCCGGAUGCAGAAUCCCAUCAUUUAACAAAAGCUUUGGCAGAGAAAGUCUCAAAACUUGUAGAGCAAUAUCUUGAUGCCAUGGAGAAGGUUAAAUUAAAACAAGGCCUGAAAACGGCAAUGAGUAUUUCAAGCGAGGGAAAUUCUUAUUUACAAGAGAGCCAGUUUUGGAAACUCUACAAGGAUGACCCAUCAUCAUGUUCAAUUGUGAUGAAGACGUCGACUGGCCUCGUACUGCUGCUUGCAUGUUUACUGGAACCUUUUAUGCCUUCCUUCUCUUCUGAAGUGUUGAAACAGCUUAAUUUGCCCCCGGAAACACAUCUUUCAUUGUGUGAUGACAAAGGUGACAUUGAUAAGGCAAAGCAACCUUGGAAUUUUCUUCCUUCCGGCCAUAAAAUUGGGAAACCUGAACCACUGUUCAGGGAACUGAAAGACGAAGAAGUGGAAAGCUUAAGACAAAGAUAUGCUGGUAGUCAAGCUGAAAGAAUUGAAAAAGCAGAAGCUGAUGCAAAGAAGAUAGCUGAGCAACUUAAGAGUACAAAAAUAUCUGGAGUAAGUGCAAAGAAACAACCGGCAAAAUCCACUGUUAAUACUAAACCAAAGGCCCCUGAAGCAGAAAUAUCUGUUUCAAGACUUGAUAUACGGGUUGGUCAAAUCAGGAAGGUUCAGAAGCAUCCGGAUGCUGACUCUCUCUACGUUGAAGAAAUUGAUGUUGGUGAAGAAUCAACUAGGACCGUUGUGAGUGGUCUUGUCAAGUUCAUUCCUCUUGAAGAAAUGCAGAAUCGAAAAGUUUGUGUUCUUUGUAAUCUGAAACCAGCAACCAUGAGAGGAAUUAAAUCACAUGCAAUGGUAUUUGCUGCAUCAAAUGAUGACCACACCAAAGUGGAAUUGGUUGAUCCCCCAGCAUCAGCUGUAGUAGGAGAGCGAAUUACCUUUCCAGGGUAUUCAGGGGAGCCUGAUGGUUUGCUGAAUGCCAAGAGUAAGGUCUGGGAGAAGGUGCAGGUAGAUUUGCACACAGAUGCAGAACUUGUUGCUCAUUACAAAGAUUCUCCUUUUACUACUUCUGCUGGGAUCUGCAAAGUCUUGUCCAUUGCUAGUGGUGCGAUUAGGUAGAUUAUUUAACUACUGGACUAAUUACAAUAAGUUUAUGUUGAAUUGUUGAAUUAGUUAUAGACACAUCAAGUGUAGAUUAUUGUUAUCAUUUGUUUAACUAACUUAAACUUUUAUUUAGAGACUAAUUACAGUUAGAAAAAACUUAAUUGUUGAAUUGCUGAAUUAAUUAUAAAUGCAUCAGCUGUAGAUUAUUGUA